UUGGUAGGGGACUAUAAUUCCUCAUUUUAUUUCAUGCUUGCGCUGCCCUCUUUGCUGAGCCCAAGGGGCGGAACCUUUUGCAAGCCGACCGAGGCACCGUGUCACUGGCUGCACGAUCGAACGCUUUGAUUGAAAUCCCCUCGAUGAUGCGAGGGGGGAGGCUGAGGGGAUGGAUCUAUACUUCGUAGUUGUCCCAAUACAGGAAACUAACUCCAACAGCAGAGACAGCGAGAGUUUUUUGCUUGGAACGAUCAGUUUGAACGCUUCGAUUUUUAUGGAGCGCAAGUUGCACUUGAUUACGCUGUCGGUGUGAAGGGAGCAGCAGAUGUUGAUCAACCGGCGCGCCAUCGACAAAAUGGGCAGGCUGUUAAUUCCUCUUUAUCUGUGUCUCCAUCUCGUCGAUUCGUCUGUUAUUACAGUCCUCAUUCAACCAAGAUCAACCAUCCUACCUUGGUCAGAGCCAGAACAGUCUUAUCAGUUGGAUGACAUCAUUGCUAAUGAGACAAUUCGAGUGGAUCACGUGAUUCACGAAAAAGAUCUUAUUACGUUCUACAGAGACGUUUACCUGACCAGUCCUAAACCACUCAUCUUCAUCGACUUACGUCAUCACGUCUGCCCAUUUGACAUCUUCCCGAAACGUCUGCUUGCUUACGUCACGAGGUCCCUCAAGAAAUGUCCUCACCUAAGCCAGGAGACCCAGGGGGCAAAGGUGGAGGUCACGACCCAGGCUCUCCAGCUUCUAGACUUCCUGUCGGAGUUUCUGGUGUCGUGGGACAGUGCGGCCACCAAGCAGGACCGCGAGGGAUUUGCCCUGCUGUUUGAUGAGACAGGGGAAGAUUACUUUUUACUGCAACACAGGAAAUUGCACAAAAAGCCCAUUUUUGAGAUUACGCUUCCUUUGUACAACUGUAGCAGUUCAAGUCACGUGACUAACCUGGCUGCCAACACAAACACCAAGGACGUUGUUGUGAUAGCCCAGGCUGAGUGUAUCCACGAGCUUCUCAUGGCGGUGUCACUGCUACGUCUUCCACCGACCAGGUUCCGGUGGUUGCUCUACUCAACUGAUGACAACAGCGUCAAUUGCAAUGACUCGCUGGACAUGUUUUGUGACGUCAUCAAGCCUGUGCUACUGACAGAACGCGAUAAGCCUAAAAAUCGACUUGUCUUCACCGCAGAGAAGAUUCUCAGCUACGUCCACUCAGGAAUAAAUAUAUACACUAAAGGAAAAAAAGGUGAAUGGUUUCCAUCUGCGUGUCAAGAAAACUGUGCAGUAAACUGCUCCGAAUGUCAGGAGAUCUUCCAACAAGGACUUGGACAGAUACCAGGCCAGGAAUUCGAUGUGUUCAGAUAUCAGUCUGAUGAUGCCAGCGCCAAGGAUUCGAUUAUCUUUGAUCUGCACCGACUUUUGCCUAAUGGGCAGAGAUAUAUUGGCAACUGGUCCAAGGAUUUGGGACUUGACAUGUCGGAGCUCGCCUACCCCGCCGACUUCAUAGACUCCAGGCUCACUGUCGUUGUCGUUGUGGAGCCGCCGUUUGUGUUUCGGAAUGACAGUGGCGGUGGAGUCCCGCGUUACUAUGGCUACAGUAUGGACGUGUUGGACGAGAUCUCGCGACGCGUGGGAUUCUCGUACACCGUGCGAGAGUGUGACAGAGGUGGUUAUGGUGUCUUGAAAAAUGGCGAAUGGACGGGCUGCAUCGGCAAUGUCGUCAGAGGGGAAGCAGAUGUGGUGCUAGGGGCGUUAACUGUGACUGCGGAGAGGGACAGAGUUGUGGAUUUCAGUUUACCUUACUACGACUUUGCAGGCAUACAGAUCCUCAUGAAGAGACAGGCGGCCGAGAUAAAUUUGUUCUACUACGCUAACGUCUUCACCACCUUCGCCUGGUGUUGUUUGGGUGCAGUCGUGGUGGCUACAAGCCUUCUUCUGUACGCAUUCGAGAAAUUUACUUCCCCUGGCUACAGGAAGGGACAGUAUUCAGAAAAACCUACCCUUCGAUCUACGAAUACUUCUGUCCCUUUGACUAUGUUCACCGUCUCCAACGGCUCUGUGGCAUCAAGCGUGGGAACUGAGCAUCGCAGUGUCGACGACCGUACCUCUACCACGACCACUACCACAGAUGAGUGAGUUAAUGCGGAAAUGAAACAUCUCACAUUGGAAGCGUUAACGUUUUAUAACAUUAUAAACUCAUAUAUGAAUACCUGGUCAGUGGAGACAAAAUGUUAGUUGAAGCAAAAAGGUGUCGGUGUCUCAUAAUAUUACCAUACCUCAUCACAAAAAAAAUGCAUUUCCUAAUAGUAGACUAUCAUUUUUCUUAUUAUUCUAUCUUUUCUCAUCCCAUUUA